CUGUUUGAUGUCUUAAUAAAUCAGUGCAAAUCUAUUUAUGAAUGUAUAUUAACAUCCCUUGAGUCAGUGGACAGCCUUAAUUCCACGUUUUAAAAAGUUGUAAGGUUAGAAAUGGGUGAAGGAGAAUCAUAUUUGCAUAAUCUUAUUCAAAACACAGAAGAGGUAUACUGUAACUGACUAUGUACAAAAGGAGAUACCAGAAUUAUUUGCUCUGUAGCUAUCCAGUGAUAGACUAACUCCUUUUGGAUGUUUUUUUAAUUCCCAUAAAAUAUAUAAUAAUAAACAUAUAUAGAAUUCUACUAAGUAAUUGACAUUAUUUUACAUGUAUGUUAGUUACACUGCUUUGAUUCACUAAAGCUGUAAACUCCACUGUGGGUCCUCACACUCCAGCUAAAUAGAGUACAUUUUUGUGCUAGAAAUAUCCCCAGGUUAUGCAGGAUAGUUAGUUACAUGCUGGUUGGGCUGCCUUUCCCACUGAGUAAAGUUGAGUAGAUUGUAUCAUUUGAGCAAAUUAAAGAAAUCUUAACAAAGAUGCACCCAUGUGACCUUUUAAAAAAAUAUAUUUAACAGUUAACUAGCAUAGGACAAUACAGUCAUAAAUUGUAUUGUAAUACUCCUGUUCAUAACACAUGAUUAUCGCACUGUACAAUCUUUGGAGUGUUUUAAAAUUGCAGUCAAAGCGUCAGUUAAAUAUAUGAAUCUAGCAAUAAUUCAGAAAGUACUUUUUUCUUUGCACCAUUUACGCUAUUUAAUUAUUCAAAACUGGGAAUUUAAAAUCCGAGCAAUUUCACUGACAUGAAUGAAAUCCACGAAACAUGUAACUGGUUAUUCACUUAUUUUAGGCUACAAUACUACUUUGUUCCAUAAAUGUAUCUAAAAAGAUUGUGUCUUGCACUACAGUUCAUUUAUCAGGAAUUGUGAGCUGCACAGUACUAAAGGAAAUUCUCAGUUGUAGUAUGAAAAAAAAUUAAACUUGCCAUGUUACUUUAAAUGUAGCUUAGCAAUUUUAAGUUUUCUGUUGUGCAGGAACUAUGAUAGAUUAAUAAUGUAAAACUAAGGGUAAUAUUGAAUGAACUAUACUAAAGUAAACUACUGCACAAAUGAAAAAACUGCCAGCUUCAGGUUGUUAUGGAACAAUUGUCUCUUGAUAACAUCACAGAGACUCUAGUAGGGUAAUAAUGAGAGUUGCUAGGAGAGAGGUAGCAUAUAUAUAUGAUGUGGUGAGAGAUUAGUAGUUUAGUGUGACAGUCAUCAUUUUCUCUUGAAAUCAUGACUUGUAUUACACGGAGAUGUCUACAAAAGCAAAAGGAAUUCAUCCUUGAUGGUGUGGCAGUGGACACCAUUGGUAGCGGAUAUGCUCACAUCCUGCCCAAGCUGUGGUCUGCACUGCCACCAUAUAAUGCUCAAUUAGAUAUCCAUGCUGCUAGCUAUUUCUCAUCUCCAGUGGUGAAAUCACUGCUAAAAAGGACAGAGCAGACUCGUGGUGGGACCUCUAGGGAUGGGUGGAUAGUGGACUAUUUCCAUAUCUAUGGGCCAGGCCAGAGGUAUUUGAACAGGAGAAACUGGGCAGGAGCAGGUCACUCUCCCGAGCAAGUGGCUGGUCACCAUCUGUACUUGAUGGGUACAAAGCCAGCAACAGGUUGGAACGGCCGAUAUGGCUAUCGCCGCAACACUCCAGAUCUUCGCACACGCUCUUCUUGCUUUGGUGAAGUAACAUGGCUCCCUAUCCACUGAAGAACAUCAGAUUAUAUCAAUCUGUCUCUUCUUCUAACUUAAA